AUGCGCCGUCGCCGCCUGGGUGGUCGCUGGCACACGGAGCGUUCUAGCUCUCCCCCUUUCCGCUCCGCACUUUUUACACCGACGCCCCGACGGUGUGUUCUUAAGCCCUCCCACCCUCUCUCCCUUUCUCCCUCACCCUUCCCUUUCCUAGCCUACCCGAGCCGUCACGCAGGCAAACGCGACAAAACCAGGCAACACACUAAAUCCUCACGUCAGCUUGCUCCGUGCGCCACCCUGCCUCACAGAGUUCCUUCUGCGCCUCAUUAGCGUACACACUCCCAGUUCACACACACAUACACACACACACACGAGCACAGUCAGAAGAUGGAGUGGGAGAGAAAAAAGACGAGGAGGAAGGUCGCGCGAGCUAUUGAUCGACAGUCGCUGUCGCCGGUAGAUGAGAAGAAUGCGGCUGGAGAGCGGGGAGGGGGAGGUAACGAGACCGAGGGGAACACGGAGUAG